AUGGCAAGUACCGAGGCGCAGUCCGUUCUCGAACGUGCUCAUUCGACGCUCGACCGUGCUCGAGGUCUUCUUGGGAAGAGACCUGCCCCAGAUGCUGCGCAGUUGCGUCAGUGUGUCAAAGAAUGCGAAGAUUUGUUUUCGCCAAUUGACGAUGCCGAUAAGAAGAUCAACAAAGAGCUCAGUGUUCUUGAGCCCGAUGGUAUUCUCCGUCCCGACCAAAACCGCGCUCGAAUGCAAAACGAGCUGGCCUACUCUGAUGGCGGUUUCAAAGAGGACAUGCGGAGGCUGCAACAGAGACAAGAGAAUCCUGACGACUCCAUGUUCCGUCGUGGCGGCGGCGGCGGUGACUCGAUCCGCGAAGCGAUGGAACGCUUGAAGGGGUCACACUCAAAUGCUCACCGAUCGUUUAUGGAGAGAGAAGAGUAUCGUGGAAAUAGGAACCCUGAGGCCAUAAAUCUUUCUCAAAAGGCAACCAAUUUGAGCGACUGUCGGAGCAAGGUCAAGAGAACCAUCGAAGAAUUGAAUGAGCUGUUGUAG